AUGCUUGUGAACCACGACUUGCCGCUAGAAAUCUCCCAAAAAGAUGAAUUACCACCAGAUCUUUCCCUGCUGCGAAAAAAUGCCGUGCUCGCGGUGGAACAGGGUCAUAACUCAUCUCUCUUAAAUAGCUUCGAUGUACAUUUGCACUUCGUCAACGUGCUUCUUAGAUAUAACUCUGAGGCUCCAAGUCCAGUUUUAGAAGAUCUGGCUUGCGUGGCAAUCACAAACAUGGCAUUUUUCCUGCAACAGGUAGGAGAACAGCUCAUCCAGAAAGCGUUUACCGAGGACUCCAAAGAAGCAUGGGCAAGCAGCGGCUUGUACAACAAGAAAGCAAUAGGUCUGCUUCAGCUUUUGAACAAUUUGGAAAUCGCCAAUAGCACGCACUCUUUGAGUCUGGUUCAGACUUAUACAAAAACCUGGACGCUGUCACAGCAGCUGGGCGUAGUUAUGCUGUCGCUGUCAAAACUUCAGUCCCGGGUAUUUGGAAGCACAACCAAAGAUUCUAAAUAUUUGAAAAAAAACAGCAGCGCUCGUUAUGAUCGGCUGCUGGAGUUUCAGGAAUCGGAUCUGAAAGACCUAGCCAAGUCCAGCCUUUUGUACGCCCGUUUGUGCAUUGGAUGUCGAUCUUCCUGCUCACAAUUGGCGAACACUUCUGCUGCUACGGCUUGUGAGCCUUUGAUACAGUAUUUGGACUCGCUCACGUUCAUUCUGUUGUCGCUGGAUUAUUACAAAAAUGACGAUUGCGGGGUCGCUAUCGGAAUGUUAGAGGCAGCAACAGAUUGUCUUUCGGGAGGCUUGAUUACCUCUAAGCAACUCAAGCUGAUUCAAGAAACUCGGAAGUUGAAGGACAGGUUUUCUGCAAAAUGGAACGAGCUCAAAUCGGAAAGCACGGGCAUGAGAUCGAAACUCAACCCUUUCAAAAAACAAAGCUCCCCAGAACAACCCGGAUUGCAUCCAUUUCUACAAUCCACGUUGAACGAUUUCAUCAUUCCUUUAAUGAUGCUAUUGCAUUACCGAUACACAAAGACUAAUGAUAAAGUGUUUUUCCAGCCAAUCGUUCGAGAUCGCCAAACAUUGCGGAACUCCUGGCCGCAGGGCAAAGCGCCUGAGGUAGCGGGUACAAUUUGGGUUUUCGACGGUGACAAUUUGCGCGAGGCAGGCGAAAGUGCAGGAAACGAUUACUAUUGA